AUGGCUCGAAAUGCUGAAAAGGCAUGUUCGAUGCUGAAUAGAUGGCUAGCAGUAAAGGAGGGAAUUAUAAAAGGUUUUUCUCCUGUAGAUACUGAUAGACCACGAAAUUCUCAAGUAAUUACCACUGUAAGAGAAUGUGAAAGAAUACGAAGUCUGGUAAUGAAUGAUAUAUCAAGAAAGGUUAUAGAGAUAAAAAAUGAAAACUUGACAGAUGAAAGUAAAAUUAGAGAAUUGAAUGAUGAAAUUAACACUUUGCUUAAAGAGAAAUAUAAGUGGGAAUGUAGAAUUGUAGAGUUGGGUGGACCUGAGCAUCGUAUUAGGUAUAAUCAAUAUAUUGAAUCUUUAGGUGGGAUUUCUAUUCCAAAUUCGACGUAUAAAUACUUUGGUAGGGCAAAGGCUCUUUAUGAAUCACAAUAUUAUGUAACUGAGAGUGAUCUUAAGAUGAAAUCCUCUCUUCCAAGUUCGAUGCCCUAUCAAUACUAUGGACUCUUUAAUAAUGAUGAAGAGGUAAUGACUUCUAUAGAACGAGAGAAGGAAAAAGAACUUGUAAUGCAAAUGAAUUUACAUAAAACUUCUAGACUAGAUAUCUCUAUAGAUGAAGGUUCUAGAAGGGAUAUUUUGAAACUCAUUGAAAAACGGAAGGAAGAAUUAGAUCAUAUUACAGAAUAG